CUUUUUUUUGGUGCUAUUAUUGAAACUUACAAAAAAAAAGCUUCACCAUUUUCUCUUUCUCUCUUCGCUUCCUGCACCGAUUGAUUUACUGAUCUCAAGAUCCAUAUUUUUAGCAAUAUACUGAUCUGGCGAAGGAUGGUUUAAUUGAUAGCUGUUAAGAUGGAACGAUUGGGUGUUCGUCAUCGAAUGAUGUUCACUGUUCAGCAUGAGGAUGAGGGAUAUGAAAGUCAAAGUUCUCUUGAUACUUGCGAGGAUGAGUUACUGAAUGAUGAAGAAGAAGAAGAAAUUAUUAACAAUAAAAUUUUGCCAGAAAUUAAGAAAAGGAAGCGACUUAGCCUUAGUGAGCUUAGGGAGGUGAAGGAGUCAUGUCAGAGGCAAAGUAUUAGCAAGCUUAAGACUCACAACUAUGAAAGUAAGAAUAGAUGGACAUCCCAGAGGUAUAGAGUGGCUGAGCAAAGAAUGUGGGAGAUUUUAAAGGCUGAAGGUGCUACUUUUGAACAUCCAAUAACUCGACCUGCAUUAAGAAUGGCUGCUCGAAAGCACAUUAGUGAUACUGGACUGUUAGACCACUUGCUGAAACACAUUGACGGUAAAGUGGCACCUGGUGGGACUGAGCGGUUCCGUAGGUGCUUCAAUACCAACAGAAUCAUGGAGUAUUGGUUGGAGAGUGCUGACUUAGACAAGAUCCCCCAAAAGGAACAGUUGCAGCUUUCUUACAGGAUGCCACCAUCCGAAUCUUUGGAAGGCUGUACCUCCUCUUCGGCUUCUGAUUCAUCUGAUGAACUGAAACUUCUUAAAAUAGAAAUGGCCCAACUGAAGAAAUGUAUGCAGGAGCUCAUUGCUGAGCAGCAACAAAAAACUGAAACCAGUUUAAUACAGUUUCAAGAGAUUCGCAAGGGAUUUGUGAAGUGGAAAGUUGUGAUUGAUCGUCAUGUAAAGGAAAUCAUGGCUUCUCUGAAGGAUGUCCAGGGCAAGUAUGGUGAUUUAGUGGUUUGGAAAACUAAAGUUGAGCAACAGCUAGCAGAAAUAACAAAUAAAUUGAACGAUCUCAAAGACUCAAAGGAAUGUCCAACUUUUCGUCCUCAAGAAACCUGGAAAGAUUGGAUAGGGAGUUCCAAUCUAGACCAUAUUCAUGGAGACAAAUUUGCUCCUUGGAUUAGGAGUUCUGGGGUGCUUAAUGUUCAACAAGAGGUCAUACAUGAAGAUCCUAACUCUACCCUGCCAAUCCAGCAGCUUAGUGAAGAUCUAACCUACGCAAAGAGGAAACAAGAUCAACCAAAUGUGACCGCUGAUUCAUCUACUACUGUUAACUCGAAGUCAGAGCUCGACAACUCGUUGGUGAUGUUUCAGGUGAUGUUGAUAGUGUGUACAUGCCACUUUAAUAAUGUUUAUAAAUGGUUUUUCAGCAGAAUAUUUUCAUUUUUUAUCAUCUUUUCUCACAGGAGAUGUAUAAGGAUAUAUUCAAAUGGAGAGAAAGAAUUGAGCAGCAGCUAUUGGAGGUCUCAAAUGCUAUAUUUAGUCUGCUGGCAAUGAAAUAGAGAUCAAUUCCAUGUAUGAAAGCUAAGGUAGGAUUAUAAGAGCAUAGUUAUUCUUUGUUGAACUUAAAAUUGUUAUAGUUUAGAAAUUGUACGGCUUUAAGAUUUUGAUUCCACAAAUAUUUUGCUAACCACUUACCUUCAAAGAGGUUCUGAUGUUCGUGGGGUUACCAAUCAAAUUGGCUAUUUUCUUCGCCUACUUAAUAUUAUGAUAAAUAAAAAUUUAGUGUGACUGCAAACAACG